AUGCCCUUCGAGUCUCAUGCCUCUCCCCUUGCAUUCCCCCGCCCUUCCUGCAAAUUCCGUUCCCCCCCCCGCACGCUGUCGCGCAAAGCCAAUCCGCCUCUCCCCGCGUUCCCGUGUCCCCAUGAGCUGUCCCCAGCCCGCCCGUCGUCCGAGUCCCCUGCGCCCUCUGUCCGCCCCGUUCGUCCGCGGGUCGCCACGUCUGCUCUAUCUGCCCAGCUACUAUACCCAAGUGCUCCCAAACCAUUAAACCCUGAACCCUCAACCCCCGAGUUUAAUCAUCAACAUGUAACCCCUGGACUCGUCGCCACCCGUGCGUUGCCCCCCCAGCGCGUGGCGGUGCGCGAGACGCGCGUGGCGGUGGACGCGCGGUUCGCCGGCAUGUUCCGCGACGGGCAGUUCGGCGACGCCGCCCCCGUGGACAAGCGCGGACGGCGGCGCCAGGCACCGCGCGCGGCCGACCUGAAGCGGUACUACCGCGUUGAUGAGGGGGGGGCGGGGGCGGGGGAGGAGGGGGACGAAAGAGAAGAGGGGGAGAGGGAUGAGGGGGAGGAGAAUGAGGGAAGUAGGGAGAGAAAGGAUGUGGCAAGGGUUCAAGAGGAGGAGGAGGAGGAGGAGGAGGAGGAGGAGGAGGAGGAGGAGGAGGAGGAGGAGGAGGAGGAGGAGGAGGAGAAGGAGGAGGGUGAGGUACAUGAGAGUGCUAGCUUUACUCCCACCCCUCUCUGCUCGCCUUUCCCCUGUUCACCCCUCUGCCCGUUCACCCCUCUGCCCGUUCACCCCUCUGUUCACGCCGUUCCACUAUCCGACCACCACCACACGCUGCUCGCGUUGCCCCCCCACUCCCCGCUCAUCUUUUCUCCACCCUUUCCUCUCUCCCUCGCUGCCCUACAUGCCUGUGGUGCGCCAUUGGUGCGCGGUGCGGUGGGUGGGGGGGCAGCGGGCGGAGGAGCGAGUGGAGGCGGUGGAGGACGCCACGCGGCGCCUGGCGCUCGUCAACAUGGACUGGGACAACGUGCGGGUGAGAUGGGACAACGUGCGGGUGAGAUGGGACAACGUGCGGGUGAGAUGGGACAACGUGCGGGUGAGAUGGGACAACGUGCGGGUGAGAUGGGACAACGUGCGGGUGAGAUGGGACAACGUGCGGGUGAGAUGGAACAACGUGCGGGUGAGAUGGGACAACGUGCGGGUGAGAUGGGACAACGUGCGGGUGAGAUGGGACAACGUGCGGGUGAGAUGGGACAACGUGCGGGUGAGAUGGGACAACGUGCGGGUGAGAUGGGACAACGUGCGGGUGAGAUGGGACAACGUGCGGGUGAGAUGGGACAACGUGCGGGUGAGAUGGGACAACGUGCGGGUGAGAUGGGACAACGUGCGGGUGAGAUGGAACAACGUGCGGGUGAGAUGGGACAACGUGCGGGUGAGAUGGGACAACGUGCGGGUGAGAUGGGACAACGUGCGGGUGAGAUGGGACAACGUGCGGGUGAGAUGGGACAACGUGCGGGUGAGAUGGGACAACGUGCGGGUGAGAUGGGACAACGUGCGGGUGAGAUGGGACAACGUGCGGGUGAGAUGGGACAACGUGCGGGUGAGAUGGGACAACGUGCGGGUGAGAUGGGACAACGUGCGGGUGAGAUGGGACAACGUGCGGGUGAGAUGGAACAACGUGCGGGUGAGAUGGGACAACGUGCGGGUGAGAUGGGACAACGUGCGGGUGAGAUGGGACAACGUGCGGGUGAGAUGGGACAACGUGCGGGUGAGAUGGGACAACGUGCGGGUGAGAUGGGACAACGUGCGGGUGAGAUGGGACAACGUGCGGGUGAGAUGGGACAACGUGCGGAUGAGAGGGAUAACGUGCGGGUGAGAUGGGACAACGUGCGGGUGAGAUGGGACAACGUGCGGGUGAGAUGGGACAACGUGCGGGUGAGAUGGGAUAACGUGCGGGUGAGAUGGGAUAACGUGCGGGUGAGAUGGGACAACGUGCGGGUGAGAUGGGACAACGUGCGGGUGAGAUGGGACAACGUGCGGGUGAGAUGGGAUAACGUGCGGGUGAGAUGGGACAACGUGCGGGUGAGAUGGGACAACGUGCGGGUGAGAUGGGACAACGUGCGGGUGAGAUGGGACAACGUGCGGGUGAGAUGGGACAACGUGCGGGUGAGAUGGGAUAACGUGCGGGUGAGAUGGGAUAACGUGCGGGUGAGAUGGGACAACGUGCGGGUGAGAUCGGACAACGUGCGGGUGAGAUGGGAUAACGUGCGGGUGAGAUGGGAUAACGUGCGGGUGAGAUGGGACAACGUGCGGGUGAGAUGGGACAACGUGCGGGUGAGAUGGGAUAACGUGCGGGUGAGAUGGGAUAACGUGCGGGUGAGAUGGGACAACGUGCGGGUGAGAUGGGACAACGUGCGGGUGAGAUCGGACAACGUGCGGGUGAGAUGGGAUAACGUGCGGGUGAGAUGGGAUAACGUGCGGGUGAGAUGGGAUAACGUGCGGGUGAGAUGGGACAACGUGCGGGUGAGAUGGGACAACGUGCGGGUGAGAUGGGACAACGUGCGGGUGAGAUGGGACAACGUGCGGGCGGUGGAUAUCCUGGUGGUGCUGCGCUCGUUCGUGCCGCCCGGCGGGCGCAUCACAGCUGUCACCGUGUACCCCUCUGACUUCGGCCGCCAGCAAAUGCACGCCGAGCUCCAGCACGGCCCUCAGGGGCUCUUCCCGGCGGGCAGGGGGGCAAGGGGGAAGACAGGCGGGGGGGCUCAGGUGCCGGGAGGUGAGGGUGGCGAGGAGGGGGAGGAAGGGGAGAGCAGUGAGGAGGGCGAGGGCGUGGAUGCGGAGAGGCUGAGGGAGUACGAGAAGGCCAAGCUCAGGUACUACUACGCGGUGGUGGAGUGUGACAGUGCGGGCACGGCGGCGCACGUGUAUGGGGAGUGUGACGGCAUGGAGUUUGAGAACAGCGCCAACCAGCUGGACCUGCGCUUCAUCCCCGACACCAUGACCUUCAACGACCGCCAGCCCCGCGACUCCUGCUCCCAGGUGCCGGGGGACUACGAGGCACCGGUGUUCACGACGCGGGUGCUGCAGCACAGCACGGUGAAGCUCACGUGGGACGAGGACGACCCCACGCGCGUGCGAGCGCUGCGCCGCAAGUUCGCUGCCGACCAGGUGGCGGAUCUGGACUUCCGCGACUACCUUGCCUCGUCCUCGGGCGAGGACGAGGAGGAGGAGGGGGAAGAGGAGCAAGUGGAGGAGCAGGACGAGGAGGAAGAGAGAAAGGAGAACGGCGUGGAGGGCGACAUGGAGGUGACGUUCUCCACGGGGCUGGCGGCGCUGAGUGACAAGCUGGCGCGGCGGCGCAGCGAGCAGCAGCGCGGGGGCAGCGAGACGGUGUUUGAGGCGUACCAGCGCCAGCGCCGGGAACGCCGCAAGGAGCGCCGCCGCCUGGCCCAGGCGAGCAAGGCGGCCGGACAGGACGCAGGGGCGAGUGCGGAGGAGGCGGGAGGAAGCGACGACGAUCUGUACGACAGCAGGCGCGUGCAGCAGGAGGACGACCCGUUCUUCGCUCUCCCCGCCGGUGAGGACCCCUUCGCCGACCCCUUCUUUGCCUCCGCUGAUGCCCGCCCUGCUGCUGCUGGCCCGGCCACGAGUGGCAAAGGCGGGGCUGGAGGGGUGAAGGGAGUGAAGGCAGGGAGGAGCGAGUAUGAGAGGAAGGCAGAGGAGCGAGAGAGGAAGAGGGUGGAGCGGGAGCGGGAGAGGGCAGAGGAGGAGAGGCGACGGGCGGAGCUGGAGCUUCUGCUGAUGGAGGGGGGCGAGGGCGCAGGGAUGAAGGGGUUCAACCUCAAGGCGGACGCGCGCAAGGCCAGGGAGCAGCGCCGCGCGCAGGGCAAGGGGGCGAGGGGCGCGCAUGGCGCAGCGGGGGAGGAGGAGGCUGACAGGGAGGGAGGAAGAGCGCGGCCCGUGGGUGGUGGGGGCAAGGUGGGGAGGGGCGGAAGGGAGGGGAGGAGUGUGUCACAGGUGGGGGCGGAGGCGGGGCGCGGUGUGGGCGUGGACGUGAAUGACCCGCGCUUCGCUGCUCUCUUCACCUCUCCGCACUUCGCCAUCGACCCCACCGACCCGCGCUUCCUCAAGUCGUCAGCCCCGCAGCGCCUGAUAGCCGAGAAGCAGCGCCGCCGCGUGCCAAGCGCAGCAGCGGGCGGGGAAGCAGCGGGUGGUGGCAGCAGUGGCAAGGGUGCUGCGAGCGAUGGAGAGGCGGAGUCUUAA